AUGUCUAAGCCCUCCGUUGGUUUCGUCGGUGCCAUGGGUUUCGGCAUGGCCACCCACCUCGUCUCCGAAGGCUACUCCGUCACUGGCUUUGACAUCUUCCCAGCCUCUGUACAACGCUUCCACGCGGCCGGGGGCAUCCCCGCCUUGUCGCUACGGGAGUCAGUAGAAGACAAGCCAUAUUACGUGUAUAUGGUGGCAUCAGCGUCGCAUGUGCAGUCGGUUCUGUUUGCCGAGGAAGGCAUUGUGCAGUAUAUUCUCCCUCUAAGUAAACCAAAGAGACCUCCCCAAAACGCCACCCUUCUUCUCGUUCCACCGUCGCAUCGGAACUACACGCGCGCGGCCGCAGCGACAUCCAAACGCGCCACCGGAGACAGUGUAUGA